AUGUUUGAACUCCAGUCACAGAAUCCGGGCACAAUUGUUGAGUGGAAGCACAAUGAGCUGUUGAGUCAGAGACGUACAAAUGUGUUCAACUAUGUUUUCUGGGCAUUUGGGCCUGCAAUACAUGCUUUCCAGAAGGCUGCACCGGUGUUAACAAUAGACGGGACUCACCUCCGAGGAAGAUUUAAAGGUAAGUUGCUUGUUGCUUGUGGUUUUGAUGCUAACAAGACAUGCUUGCCUAUUGCAUAUGCUGUGGUGGAUGAAGAAACCAAUGACAGUUGGUCGUGGUUUUUGGAUCAUGUAAGAACUCAUGUGGUGAAAUACGAGAGGGAGGUGUGCAUUAUAUCAGAUAGGCAUAAAGGAAUCUUCAAAGCAAUGGAGUCUGUAAUCAUGACAAGAGCCCCGCAGAUACACCACAAAUUUUGUUUGGUCCAUGUGAGGGCAAAUGUGUUGAAGAAGCACAAGGGCCCCAGUUUGAAGGCCAUGAUCUGGAAGUUGGGGGUCAGUACUCAGGUACGUAAAUUUGACAGAAGAAGUCGAGCACUAUCUGAUGUCAGCCGUGGUGCGAUGCGAAUGCUUGAUAGGAUUACAAAAGAAUGUUGGUCACUAUGCUACGAUGACACACUUCGAUGGGGGGUGGCCACAACAAACAUGUCGGAGUGCUACAACAACGUGUUGCGGGGUGUUAGAGAGUUGCCAAUUAGAGCUUUGGUUGAUUUGACAUUUUGGAGGACGGUGAAAUGGUGGGUGCAGAAGAAGACAACAAUUGAACACACUGAAGGUGAGUUAACCCCGUGGGCGAGGGACAUGCUUGCUAGGAAUGACUCAAAGGGGCGAAAACAUUACAUUAUUGUAGUUGACCGAGAUACAGGGAAGUAUCAUGUCCGAACUCGAGGAAGAAUAGAAAAUGGAGUGUCAAAGGGCAACAAUGUACAAAAAGUCAGGUAUCUGGAGUCGACGUGUAGUUGUGGUAAGUGGCAGACGUGGAGAAUUCCUUGUUCACAUGGUUGUGCAGUUGCUAGAGACAGAGGUCACGUCAUGAUUGACCUUAUAGAUAAGUCCUACUACCUAAGUACAUGGAGAUCACAGUACUAUGGUGAAAAUUCAUUUGAUGCACCAAGACACGAAGAUUAUUGGGUUGAACCUCCAUGGAAAUUGUGCAUCACCCCCCAGCAGUUGAUUCCUAGAAGGCGUGGCCGAAUUAGAAGAAGGAGGAUACGUAAUCAAAUGGAUGUCCGCGAGGAAGAUGAACCGAGGGCUCCCCGCCGUUGCAGAAAUUGCGGGAAAGAGGGGCAUGACCGAAGAAAUUGCACAGACGGUGCUGUUCAGUAA